UUCGCCGUGGUGCCGCGGAGGCUGCCUGCCUGCGUGCUUGUGAGUAGCAGCGCCCGGCGCGUCCCAGCCGCCAGCGCUGAGCGGGGCAGCGGGAGCUCGUGCGGGCGCGGGGCCGCCCGGCGCCUCAUGCCCGGCGCGGCGCGGGGGACGCUUCCCCUGUGAGGGCGGGUUUCGCGCUCCCCGCCGCCGUCUGGCCCCUGCCUGGCCCCUAAGAUGGCGAGUGGGAUGAAUGGCCCGGGCGGAGGUGGCGGCCCCGCGGCCGGGGGCGGCGAGGAGGAGCCGGGCCCCCUGAGUGCGUGGGCCAGCGAGGAGCAGGAGCCGGGCGAGAGCGGCCCCUCGCCGCCGGCUCAGCCCCACCACCUGCUGCUGCUGCUGCGGAGGUCGCCCAGUGCCUCCCUGUGCCUGGUGCAGGAGGAGGAGGCGCCCGCCGCUGCCUCCGCGGCCCGCAGCGCCCCCUCGGUCGGGCGAGGUGGGCGAGGAGGCCCCCCACCGCCAGCUGCGCCUGCGGGCGACGACGUGAGAAAGUGCGGCUACCUGAGGAAGCAGAAGCAUGGCCACAAACGCUACUUCGUGCUGCGGGCCGAGAGCCACCUGGCCCCGGCGCGACUGGAGUACUACGACAGCGAGAAGAAAUUCAAGAGCAGCCUGAGGGCGGUGGCGGGCGGGUCUGCUGCCCUGUGCUGCCCCCCUCCCAAGCGUGUGAUCCCCCUGUACCAGUGCUUCACUGUCAGCCGGCGGGCGGAUGCGAAGCAUAAGCACAUCAUUGCCUUGUAUACCAAGGAUGAAUAUUUUGCCAUGCUGGCUGAGAAUGAAGCGGAGCAGGAGGCCUGGUAUGAGGCGAUCAGUGAGCUCAUGAGCCAAAGCAAGAGGGGCUUCUUGGAGCAGGAGGACCAAGCGGAUCAGCAGUUGGACGAGGAUGAUGAGCAUUAUGGAGCAGCGCUGAGGCCAGGCACGGUGUUCAAAGAGGUGUGGCAGGUCAAUGUGAAGCCCAAGGGGCUGGGACAGACUAAGAACCUGACUGGGGUUUACAGGUUGUGCCUAUCCAGCAAGGCUAUCCACCUUGUCAAGCUGAACUCGGAAGUGCCCUCUGUCCACUUGCAGCUAAUGAACAUCCGCCGUUGUGGCCACUCAGAGAACUUUUUCUUUAUUGAGGUGGGCAGAUCUGCUUCCAUUGGGCCUGGAGAGCUCUGGAUGCAAGUGGAUGACUCGGUAGUUGCCCAGAAUAUGCACGAGACCUUUCUGGAGACUAUGAAAGCUCUCAAGGCCUUUGCAGAGUUCAGGCCCCGCAGCAAGAGCCAGUCUUCUGGUGGUGGCAGUGGUACUAACCCUAUCUCUUUCAUCACCACUAGAAGGCACUUGGGCAACCUGCCCCCUAGUCAGACAGGUUUGCAGAGAAGAUCCCGAACUGAGAGUGUUGCUGGGGGAACCCCACCCACCACCAAAAGCAACAGCUCAUACCGCUUCCGAACAUCCAGUGAGGGGGAAGGAACAAUGACCAGACCUUUCAGAUCAGUGACUGGGAGUCUGAUCCAUUUGAACACUGCAAGGAUGAACUUGGGCCGCCAAGAAGGAAGUGGAAGAUAUGUCAGAGCAGCUUUCAGCUCUUCUUAUCACACCAGGUCUGCCUCAUUGCCAGUAUCUCAUUUCCCUUCUACUACGAGUCCCAUUAGUGUUUCUUCCAGUAGUGGCCAUGGCUCUGCUUCCGAUACGCUGACUAGGCCUUCCAGCUCAUCUGUUUGUGGGUCCCCAAGCGAUGGUGGCUUUAUUUCUUCUGAUGAAUAUGGCUCUAGCCCUGGGGAUUUCAGGUACUUUCGUGUCAGGAGUAAUACUCCAGAUUCACUGGGAAACACACCACCUAUCAGAGAAGAGAAUUGUUUAAGUGAAUACAUGUCCAUGAGUAAACAGCAUACGGAUGAUGGUGCAAAAGAUGAUUAUAUGGAGGCCGAAAAGUGUUUCAGAAAAAGAACUUACUCUCUAACUAAGCCAACUUCUGUGACAGUGCAGCAGAAAACUACACAAACCACAGCUUUAUUAGAUGAAGAGUCUGCGGGAAGUCAUGGACAGUUAAUUUGUUCUGAAUCACCAAAAGUAAAAGAUAACCAGGUAUCUGAUUACAGUGAUGCUACCCAUGACUCUGUAUGUAACCAAAGCAGGAGUAAAGCCAGGGAUGAUGGGUACAUGCCAAUGAUGCCUGGAGUUGCAUCUUCUCUCACAAGCAGCAGCGAUUAUUUGCCAAUGACUCCUAAAAAUGUCUCUGUCCCAAAACAGAUUAAUAAUGCUUGGUCAUCGUCUCAGGUGGACUCCAGAGGGUAUAUGAUGAUGUUUCCAAGGGCUAGCUCUUCACCUGUACGAAGCCCUUUAACUGGAUUUAUUUCUAAAGGGGGGAAUGAAAAGAUGGUAAAUAAUGAGUAUAUGGAUAUGUCACCUGGGAAUUCAGCACCUCCAAAACAGCAGAGUGAUUCUAAUUAUAUUCAUACCAGCUCUGUUUCCAAAGCUUUCAGUUCAUACUUCUCUCUGCCACGAAGCUUUAAGACAUUAUCGGGACAGAAUGGUGAUCACAAUGAAUAUGUUCCAAUGUCAUCACCUGGAAAACUGUUAUACGGAGGACAAGAAAACAUCAAAAAUAUCAACAGUGAGGUAUUAGCUAAUGGCAUUUCUAAAUCACCAGUUGUGAAACCUUCAGAUGAAGGACUCGCACUGAACAGGGCUACCAGACCUACAAGACUUCCACUAGGUACGAGAGGAAGUAAUACUAUACCAAGAAUGUAUGAUCGUACAGUUCCACCUGAGCCAGCUAGCCCUGGUGAAUACAUAAAUAUUGAUUUCAGUGAGAAAGCAAGUAAUACACCAUAUUCCUUGUCUGCAGAAGGUUCUCCGUCAUCUCUAGGCUCAAGUAGCGACCAUAGACAGUCGCCGCUUUCUGAUUAUAUGAGCGUUGACCUUGAUGUACAAUCACCAAAAGUAACAAAGGAACUGUCCAACUCUUUAACAGAUAUUUCAAUUUAUGCAAGUUCCAGUGUUCCUAGAAACCAGCCAAAUGCUGAUUAUGCUAGACUUUCAUUUGGUACUGCUUGCGUUAGCACUACAAGUAAUAGGACUGAUGAUUACACAGAGAUGACUUUCAACAUGGCAGCCACACCGCCUAGGCCUUUUUCUACUGAAUCUAAUAGUGGCAUAAAGAUAGAUAGUCCUUCUUCCAUAGUUAAUAGACUGUGUAUUGUGGACAGAUAUGCUGGUAGCAGUAGCUUCUCUGUUCCUAGCUCUGAUCCUCCAAUGGGACCUAAAGUGAUUCGGGCUGACCCACAAGGCAGAAGGAGGCACAGCUCUGAAACUUUUUCUUCUGCUGGGACUGUGACAACUUCCUCUUUCUUUACGGAUAGUAGCAAAAGACACAGCUCUGCGUCAUUUGACAACGUUUGGUUGAAACCUGAUGAAAACAUUACCGAUGGUCAGGAAAGCAAAAUGUCCAGAGAUACCUCUACUGGAUUUCAGAAUGGUUUAAACUAUAUAGCUCUGAAUUUACAUGAUGAUUCUAUAAGAUGUGAGGCAAAUGCUGCUACGCCAACUUGCCAUCUCCAAAAUGGUACUUCAAAUUUGGACAGUGGAGCUUAUGUAAGCAUAGACUUCACCAGAUCUGAUGGUUUGAAGUGUAAGGCUGCAAGAAAAGACUGACUGCAUUGCCAUGGAAACCAUUGUUAGAAGACUUUUCUGCUGGUAGCUCCAGAAACGGUGUGGUGCUUUUGGAAGCAGAGCUCAACUCCAGCCAGCUAUUUUCACUUCCACCAGCACAGACAUAGACACACAUCUUUUUAAUGGUUUUUCAUAGACAUCAGCUGUUGACAGUUGAGUUAGUUUGAAUUAAGAUUUUUUCAUAGCUGUGCUUUGGUGUUGGAAUUUGGUUUUCCCCGGCUUAUCUACAUGGAGGCAACGUGAAUACUGAAGAGGAGAGAUCCUGCAGCUUCCCCCUCAGCCUCUCCCCUUGAUUUGUUUUUAUUCAUAUUCUGAGAAGUCAAGGCUGGUGGCUGAUAGUCUAUUUAGCAUGGGUUUUGCUUCUCUGGUACAUUUAAUAAGUGAUAGCUUCACCAUGCAUUGUUUAGAAAUAUUUUUACAGUUGAGAGAAUUUUUUUGAGGGGAAUAGUGGGCUGGCUGGGAGGGGAGAACCACCUAACUGAACCUAAGUCUAUGAUGAAGAGACCUCUUCUUGGUUUUUCACUUAGUUUGCUUAUGAUACAAGAGGUGUUUCUUGAUCAUAGCUCUUAGUAUUUUAAUGGUAUGUCUGUCAGAGCUUAAACUGAAGUUUGUGGCUUCAAAUUUUGGUAUGUACAAAGUAGGAUUAAUGGGCUGGUUAUCUUUUAUAUUUCCUUUUUUUCUUUUUCCUCCUAGUUAUUUGUUUAUAGAUAUGAAUUGCAAACAUACGAAGCUUCUGUUCAUGAAUUCAGAUGGGGAAAGUGCAGAAUCUUCUACAGCUUUCUAUGAUUUCUGCAUUGUAAUGUUUGUGUGCGGUAGCUUUUUAAAGAGAAACCACCCUAAUUGAUCUUACUGUCAACCAAAGUCCUCUUUUAAUUUGGGACCAUGUUUGUUUUGUAUAACGAGGGGGGAAAAGUAAAUAGUUGGCUCACAAACUAAUGCUGUCCUUAGCAUUCUGCCUAAAAAUGCAAACCAUGUUUAUUUGAAAUUUAAAAAUGAAAUGUAGAAAAAUCAGGGCUAGGUGCAUCACUCUUACACUGAUUUUGGUUGAAAUCAGUUUAGGCUUUUGUUAACACUGCUAAGAUCUUUAAAAAGCAUGACACUAGUUGGUACAUGCAAUGUAUUAUAAUAAUAAAAAGGCACUGACUGUAGAUAAAGGGUUUAAAAGUGGUACACAAAUCCUCAUGCUGUACUGCACCACACAGCUGGUAAUCCUCGACAUGGUAUAUUGUACAAGUGUUUCGUAGGGCCGCCUCACCUGACAUACAACCUUUCAAAUGCUAGUACAGUGUGUAUAACGAAUAAGACACCGUCAAUUUUGCUGUUCAGUGAUGUGUACCUAAAUCUGUUUUUGAGUAGUCUUAAAAUGUACGUCACUAAACUAUGAAGACCUUUUUGCAGAAGUAGUUGGUAUCAGUCAGUUUAUGCAGUAUCCAACAACAGGAAAUCUGUUUCUGCAGAGUUUAAAAGCACAGACCUGUUUUUGAAUCUGGAAGAGAAGUUGUAGUUGGUACAGUACUUUGUUGCUGAUAAAUGUACUCUGAUAAUUUUAAAAAUAUUACCACUUUUAUAGAACAUAAUACUAUCUUGCCAUCUAGCUUUUUGGGGUUUUGGUAAAUGAAUGAUGCAAUGUGUAGAGAGCUUUUUAAAAAGCUUUACAUCUAUUUUUUUUAAAUAAAUUGAAAUUUGGAUGAAGACACUAGUUCAAAAAACAUCUAAUGUGAAAGGAAAAAGGUUGUGUUGAAGAAAAAGGAUGUGUUACAUACAUUAUUUCAUAUUAGGUCCUGAGGCUGCCAUUGUACAAUAUACAGCACUGAUUCAAUACAUGCUGAAUAAAUAGGUAAAUGGGUAACCUCAAGUAUAGUGGUACAAAUACUAACAGGUACGGCAUAAUAAAUAUGCAAUCUUUUUGAAUCUCUUAGUUUACAGCAACUAAUUUAUUCAGUAUUGUGCUGGAAGAAUGUUUUCAAAAUAUGUAAAACAUAUCACUGUGUAUACUACCUUCCAGCUACCCGUUUAUGCUGCUGUAUAAUACAAAAAUACCAAUGAUGGAACAAUGUUUGUCCUGUAAAUUUAAUUUGAUAUUGGACAGUUAUUGUCUGUACAAACUAAAACAUAUAUGGUUGAAACUGUUCAUUAUAUUUGCUAUUUCUGCUUCACAGAUCUGUUUAAAAGUUGAGCUGAUCGAUCUGGCUUUGUCUUCCAUUGUAAAUAUUAUUACAUUGUUUUCUUUGUAAACACAUCGCAUUUGCGGUUUUGGGAGACUGGCUUGAAGCUCUGUAUAGUGUUUAUAUUUAUCUGACUUGGCUUUCCAUAGAGCUACUUGCAGUAAAUAAGUGUUCAUGUA